GUAAAAUUUUGUUGAAAAUCCAUGCAAAAUAUUCGUGUUUUAUUGCAGAUUAUCAAUCAAAAUAUUGUAAUUCAUAUAAAUUCAUGUGCUUUUUACGAGCAUCUUACUUUAACGCAACCAGUUAGGCGUUUGAAAAUCGAUUAGCCGGCUUUUAUGUUAUGUUUAUUUCGAAUCAAUAGCUAUGGCUUCUGGAUCUAAGAAUGACAUCGGAGCCAGGCUGCUGAACAUGCGUUUGGAAGAUGAGGCGGCCGGGGACGAGCUCCCUCCGCAGAACAUGUUGCCUUCGAACCAACAGUCUCGUCAGGGCAGCCAUAACGAGGACGAAGUCAGGCAUCACAACGAAAACAUGCCUACAUCCUCCGCCAUCGAAAACCUGCAGUUAACGAACAACUCCGGAGGUCGCUUGCACAACUGGCAGGCCACGAAGACCACCGUCAAGGAGCGCCUGUCGUUUCUCUUCAACAAUGAGAUAUUAGCAGAUGUCCAUUUUAUUGUGGGUAGAGAUGCUAAUCAACAGGUGAUACCUGCACAUAAAUUUGUCUUGUCUGUCGGCAGCGCGGUGUUCGACGCCAUGUUUAAUGGUGUUCUAGCUACUAAAUCUGAUGAAGUGGAGCUCCCGGACGUCGAGCCAGCGGCUUUCCUCCAUUUAUUAAAGUUCCUAUAUUCCGAUGAGGUGCGCAUCGGUCCGGAGAGUGUGAUGACGACCCUGUAUACUGCAAAGAAGUAUGCGGUGGCAGCUCUGGAGGAGCACUGUGUAGACUUUCUCAAGAGCAACUUAGGUACUGAUAAUGCUUUUCUACUGUUAACACAAGCUCGGCUGUUCGAUGAGCCCCAACUGGCUGCCCUGUGUCUGGAGAUGAUUGACAAGAACACCACUGAUGCACUCAACGCCGAGGGAUUUACCGACAUUGAUCAAGACACAUUAAAUGCAGUAUUAGAGAGAGACACCCUCCGCAUCAGAGAAGCUAAAAUCUUUGCAGCAGUCUUACGCUGGUCGGAAGCUGAGUGCAUUCGUCGGCAGCUACCAGUCACGCCAACAAACCAGAGAACUGUGUUAGGCCGAGCGUUCCACGCAAUUAGAUUCCCUUUGAUGUCCGUAGAAGAAUUCGCCAUGGGUCCUGCUCAGAGUGGUCUACUAGAUGACAGAGAGAUAGUCCAAUUGUUCCUAUAUUUUACGGUUAACCCAAAGCCUAACGUCGGCUUCCUAGAUACUCCUAGAUGUUGUAUGACGGGCAAGGAACUGACAGUGAACCGGUUCUCACAGACUGAAUCUCGAUGGGGUUACAGCGGGACGACAGAUAGAAUUAGAUUUACUGUAGACCAAAGAAUAUUUGUUGUCGGUUUCGGCUUGUAUGGAUCCUACUUUGGACCGACGGAGUAUGAGGUUCAUUUGCAGAUAAUCCAUCUGGCCACCAAGAAGAUAUGCGGCUCCAACACCACGACAUUCUGCUGCGACGGCACCGACGACACCUUCCGCGCCAUGUUCAAGGAGCCAGUGGAGAUACUGCCCAAUACCAGCUACAUCGCCAGUGCUAAACUUAAAGGCACGGACUCGUACUACGGGACGCGCGGUCUACGCCGCGUGCCCGUAGACUGCAACAACGGCGAACGCGUAGUGUUCCAGUUCUCGUACGCGGCGGGCAACAACAACGGUACUAGCGUCGAGGACGGCCAGAUACCGGCCAUCAUCUUCUACAUAUAAGUUUCAAAACAUGAUGGUGUCUACUCCCCCUCUCCCUAUCAGGAUAAUCACCCGGCAGAUAAAUGUAAGUUGGUAGUUGGUACGUUUCGGACGUUAGGCUGGGUUUACAGGCAGCGGCGCGAACGCGUGCGGUGGCCGGCGUGGUUGGCGCACCGCGAGAUGACAAGCAAUUAACCCGAGCGCGCACUAGCGGCCAAGCCGCAGCGGCCAGGUCG